GGCGCGGCGAGGCACGGCGCCUGCCGCUUCUCCUUGCGGAGCGCUGCCAGCUCUUCCUGGAAGUCCUGAGUCGCGCACGGCGCAGUGAGUUCAUGCACCUCCUCGCCAAGCCUCAGCCUGCGGGAUUUGGGGAGGCUGCCGCCAGCACACCGCCCGGUCACCCGCGCUCUCUCGCCGCUGCCCGGGGGUCUCUACCGGGGGUCCCGGCCGCCGCCGCCUCGCACAUGAAGAUGUACGUGCAAAGGGCUCUGGUGCUGCUCUCCCUACUGAGCUUCGCCACCGUGAGCCUCUCGCUGUCCUCCUGCACCACCUUGGACCUGGAUCACAUCAAGAAGAAGAGGGUGGAGGCCAUCCGGGGGCAAAUCCUGAGCAAACUGCGGCUCACCAGCCCUCCAGAGACUGUGGGGCCAGCCCAUGUGCCCUACCAGAUCCUGGCCCUCUAUAACAGCACUCGGGAGCUGCUGGAGGAGAUGGAGGAGGAGAAGGAGGAGAGCUGCUCUCAGGACAACACCGAGUCCGAAUACUAUGCCAAAGAGAUUCAUAAAUUUGACAUGAUCCAGGGCCUCCCCGAGCACAAUGAGCUGGGCAUUUGUCCAAAAGGUGUCACCUCCAAUGUGUUCCGCUUUAAUGUGUCUUCAGCAGAGAAGAACAGCACCAACUUAUUCCGGGCUGAGUUUCGUGUGCUGCGUGUGCCCAACCCAAGCUCUAAACGCAGUGAGCAACGCAUCGAGCUUUUCCAGAUCCUUCGUCCGGAUGAGCACAUAGCGAAGCAGCGGUACCUCAGUGGCAGGAAUGUGCAGACACGGGGCUCCCCUGAGUGGCUGUCCUUUGAUGUCACCGAGACUGUGCGUGAGUGGCUUCUGCACAGAGAGUCCAACCUUGGCCUGGAAAUUAGCAUACACUGUCCUUGCCAUACUUUUCAGCCCAACGGGGACAUCUUGGAGAGUUUGCAUGAGGUCCUGGAGAUCAAGUUCAAAGGCAUUGACAGUGAGGAUGACUAUGGCCGUGGGGACUUGGGCCGCCUGAAGAAGCAGAAGGACUUGCAUAAUCCCCACCUCAUCUUGAUGAUGUUACCCCCACAUCGACUGGAGAGCCCAGUGUUGGGAGGCCAGAGAAAGAAACGGGCCCUAGAUACCAACUACUGUUUCCGGUAA